AGAUAAAGAAGAGAAAGAGAGAAGCAAAAAAGAAUUUUUCAGAAAAGAAAAAAAAAACAAAAAAGAAAGACAGAAAAAGAGAAAAGUCUCUCUCUUUCUCUUCUUUUUUUUUUCGCCCAGAUUCUCUUUCUUCUGCGAUCAAAUAUUUUCUCUCUCACUUUCCUUGGUUUUCUCGGCGGCUUUCAUCUCCAUUUUCCCGAAUCGUUUUUCCAUUUUUCUUGGGAUAAAUCUUCCUCCUUUCUGCAGACGCUAUGUCGGACAAAGGUCGUCCCUUGCCAAAGUUUGGGGAAUGGGAUGUGAAUGAUCCAGCAUCAGCAGAAGGUUUCACAGUGAUAUUCAACAAAGCUAGGGAUGAGAAGAAGACCGGUGGCAAACCCGGAUCACCCGGUAAAUCCUCUGAGGGUCAUGUUAAGUCUGGAGGAGGAGAUCCUAGUAAACCUCAGCCUAAGAAGUGGCUCUGCUGCAUGCAAUCUCCGGCUGUGGACUCUUGACAAACACAAAUAUGGAUUUGCUUGCUGUUCCCAAAGAAAAAAAAAGUCGCAUUGCUUUACGCAUCUGAAGCAAUGUUCUUUUAUGUUUUAUUGUCUUUCUUGAAAUUUACCCCCACACAAAAAAAAGUUCUGAAGAUGAUGAUUUGGAGCUGUCCUUUAGUAUCACGAUUAUGAUUCCUUCUUCUUUGAAGUUGUUUUUUCUUCUAAAAAUGCUGUAAAAUCGUGUUGCCACUUUAUUGGAAAACCAGAAAGAAAAAAAAAAGAAAAGAAAAAAAAAAACAGUUACU